AUGCUGGCCUUCCAGACAAAGUCCGAACUGGUCUCGACUUGGCAGCCUUUCUACUGGUACAAGAAGUUCCCCAGAAAAUAUGCUGUGGAGUUGGAGACCAUCACCAGCCCGGAUCCCUUUGACUGCUGGAGGGCAACCUGGAGAUCCGCAAAACGGUCCCUCGGUUCCCUGCACCCGGCAGCACGCCUGCCGCUGCUUCCCUCGCGUGUCUCCUGUUGCUAUGUCAGUGCCGAGUUCCGCCCGAAGUGCUUCGGGGUGGUGCAGCAAACGAAGCUAUCUGAUUCGGAGCCUCAAACCUACGUUUGGUAUCAUCCCAACAAUUGCUGUGGGUCACAGCGACUUCACACGACUCUGCAGAAGUACACGCGCUGCACACAGCCGCGCCAGAAGGUGUGGAGGGUGGCUGUGGCGCAGGCUUUGCUGGAUGGCUCCCGGCACUGUCGACCUGAAACUCGGAGGGCGAUUCGCAGAGGCUCUCUGUUCGGUCGCCACUUAAACCUCCUGUCGCGUGCGCCUGCUUGUCCAGCGGCUGCCGCUUUGUUGCAAGUAUCUUGCAAGAUCACUCGCAGGGGUAUAGGUGGUAUACCGAAACAGGCCGAUCAGGCCUUCUCCCUGCGUGAUGUGGGGCGCCAUGACAAGCACUGCAGCAUCUACGGCCACGAUAGCGCUGCCUGCUGCCUGGUGCAGGUUUGCAAGACAGAUCUGUCGGGACUCAGGUGUCUGGCCUGCCUGCUUGCUGAGGUUCCGUGGGGCUUUUGGUCCAGAAGCCAACGAUUGCUUCUAUCCCGCCUGCUCCACUCUGUAAGCGCUCGUCCCGUCUCGAAUUUACCGCAUUUGCGUGACGCCUUUCGCCAAUUGCUGGAUGCAGACCAGGAUGUGUCUGCCAAAGAACCGGCUGGCGUCGGUGCGCCUCAACUCAUGUCGCUUCUGAUGAUCAUCUCCACUGUCCUUAGCCUUUCAGGACGGCACCACUUGUACAGUGCCCUGCAUGCACUUCAAGUAGCAGCGCCCCUCCAUCUUUUGCAGCCGGAAGACCUCGGCAGGAUCCUGCAUGUACUAGCACAGCGACCCAUGCGAUCCACGAACUCGGCACGCCCAGGCGACCCAGCCCCGCAAGUUUCACAAGGCCGACGUGAGGAGGCUCCCGAGGCGGCUCCCCUCUGCGGCUCUGCUGUGGCAACGUUCAUCACAUUCCACCGGGCGUCUUCCAUUUCAUGUCCCGCGCGGGGCUGGGCUGCGCUAGCGCGAGCUGCUAGUGAGGGCGGCAACUUGGCUCGCUGGCCAACCGCGGCACUAGCUCUGUGCCUUCUGAGCGAGGCAGCAGAGUUUGUAGAUGCCGACGAGGUCCUGCUCUUGGACAGGAUGGUCGACCGCUACCUGAGCUGCCUAGGUAGUGGUUCCUGUCCCUGGCAUGAGGGGACUUGUGGGCACGAGCUGUGGACACCAGUCCUGCGCAGGAUUCGUAGCCCUACGCCAGCCAGUCCGACUGUAGCACCACCUGCCUCUGCAAGCUUGGUCAAGAACCACAUGGAGACUAUGCAGCAUCUCUUGGCUGGCGGGUCACUCAUGCGCUUCAAUGACGGCGAACAGCUCCAGCUCAAUUCCGAGGUCAAUGGCCCACUGGCAAGAUACACGGACACGUUGAUACGACUUGGCUUCUCUGUUCAAGCACAGUGUCCCGGGCUCUGCGUUGGCAUCAUCGAUCCCAACGACAUGUCUACUCUGGCGGCUCUCGGCCAAACCCACCUUGAGUGGUGGCAGGAAGCAGGCUUGCCAAACACCCGAGCGCUUUUUGAAUCCGGCCUGCUGCCGGAUCAAAGAUAUUGCUUCGGGUUGGUGAACUACAGGCCGAAAUCCGGCCCAGAAGCCAUGAGCCUCCUGGAGUUUCAAGCGCAAUGGGAACAGGUCUUCUUCAACAAGACCGUGUUGCUCGUGGCCGCCCUGGACUAUCUGUUUGUUCGGCGGUGUGGCGGUUGCAGAAAAAUUUCAAACUUGCUGCUCGGGCAUGGGCAGAAGCCGCCCCCCUACGCCAAGUCGCGCAAGGUGCUGGCCCUGAACCCGGACCUCGUGGGCUUUGAGCCACCGCUGGGCUCUUCUUGGUCCGGCGUGGUGAAGGCCACCCUGGCGGCCGUCCAGCAAGCCAAAGCCGAUGUCGUGGCCGUGAGCUGGGGCACAUCGGCUGACUUCUUGGUUGCGGAGCUGGCCUGCCGCGGAACGCAGGCGAUUGACGUUGGCAACUUGGGCUCCAUUCUGGAAGGUGGUGAAAUGGCACGUUCUAUUGACCCGGACGAGUAA